AUGGCGACUUUGUCUUCGACAACCGCAGAUUUCGCCUCUUUUGGGUUAGAUGCAUCAUGCGACAAAACUGAGAUAACCACAACUGACAGUCUUGAUGAAGGGAAGGAAGUAAACAACGUGCAUUGUGAAAGUGUUCAUAAUAAGGCAGUUGAGCUGUCCAAUGAUCCGCCCACCAAUGACACGGACGAAGGCACCACCGGCGGUUGCGGUGAUGCCGAUGAUUCAGGCAGCAGUGAUACUGCUGCUGCUGCUGCUGCAAAGAAGCUAACGUUGUCGGAUCUUCCGGAAUGGUUAUCUCUGGUGAAGGCUUACUGCGAGGAAAUGCAAAAAGUUCAGGACGAUCUCUGCCAGCGGAUGCAACUGAACGAGCUUUUGUUUGAGAACGCGGAGACGGUCCGAAAGACCAAUUUGUCCGGAUGGGAGAAACUCGAAGAGUCGCGAGAGAGUCUCAUCGAGACAAUCACACAGGUAGAACAAGCUAUCGCCCAAGCAAAUGCCAUCCAGGAGCAAGAGCAUGACCACUUUGUAGAUCCCCAGGACUUAACUCAGGCUUUGGCAAUGCUGCGAAUCGAAGAAUCCAAGGUGGAUCAAGAAAUCCAAAAGUUUGUCAAGCAAAAUGAAAAGGUCCUUCAAGACAUGGUCAAGAUCAGGGCCAACAAUACCGAAAUCGCACGCGUCUUGGAAACUUCAUGGGCCAAGAGCGGCGCUUUGACCCGUAGCCUGAACAAACUCGAGCAGGAUAUGAUCGAGAAGCAUGCAAAUAGCCUGGAAAGUGGUCAGGAGGCGUCGGAGAUUACUGCCACAGGCUGCUCCGACAAGCAAAGGGACGAAAGCAUGGAUAGCCCAAACCUGGAGAAUCCCGAGGUGCAAGAGCAAUACCAACGAGCCAUCCAGCAACUGCAGCAAAUCCGAAGCAGCAAUGCAAAGUCGUCUCGGAAUUUGCAAGAUCUAUUUGACCGUGCCCGUGACGUACGCGAGGAUGCACUUGCAAACCACGCGGAAAUGGAGAGCCUUGCCCUGAACAUCAACUUGCGCAGCAACGAUCACGACGCAGAAGAUGAAACUCCAGCGGAAUGA